AUGGCGGAGAGCGGCGAGUUCCUAACCAACUUAACGCUGGAUGGUGUGCGUGAGGGCGCCUACAUGCUGUGCAAACACUCCGACGACCUGCUGGGCCAUCACGCCCGCCAGGUAUUCCGUGAGAAGGCAGCGUCCAUGCGUGCCGAGAACAGCAUCUACUACUACCUCAAAGAUCUCAUGAAGAAGUUCGGAUCACAGCAGCACGCCGCUAAAAUCAAGAAGACGGCGCACAGCGAGCCGCAGCAGCUCGUUUUGGAGGCGCACGAGUUCCGUAAGCUCGUGGCGAGCGACCCCGCCUUCGAGAGUGCCAUUCCAAGCGACCAGGUGGACGCGCUGUUCCAUCGUCUCGAGUACGACUACCAAAAGCUGCUGCUACAUCGAGAUUUUGUGGGAUUUUGUCUGCUAGAUCAGGACCAGCUACGAUUACUGUUGUACAAGUAUCGGAAACAUCUUAAAAGUCUUGAUUUAACUGAUAAUGAGAUCGCAGAUACUUUCAAGCGAUUGGCACCACCCGACGGUACGGCAAUGGUACCAGAGCUGUUUCACGCCGCUAUCAUGCGCGACUUGGAUGUCGUGCUCACGACAGGAGAACUUGCUUUCGUCAUGGGCCUCAUGGAUUCGGAUAAGGAUGGGCUGGUGAAAAUCCAUGACUUGGAACUUCUUCUUAAAGACGAAAGAGGGGCGGAGGAGCUGGUCCACCCUCCUCGCGAGAAUGGCGUCGUUGACAUGAGAAUUUCAACAAAUAGCGUCGAAGAGGUCACGCUACGCAGAGAUAACUACACCCAACUGUUUCCGAAACUGCAGAGUGAAAGCAGCUCCAGUCCCAUGCAUCUUUGGUUCCGGACUGCGGCUAAGGAAGACGGGAAGGCUGCUAUCUCUAAUAUAAAGUACGCAGCAAGUUCGCGUGACACUGAGCUGGUAUCGAAGGGAUACACAUGUUUGCAGCAAGAUAUCAACAGGAAUGGAGCCUUCGGGAAGCACAAGUACAUUUGGAUGAGUCUUGUACCUCCCAGCACACAAAUGACUAACGAGGUGAUCGAUCUCGCACUUACAAGUGGAGAUCUAAGUGACAAAAACGCUGCAAGAUUAUGGAUACCCCGCCAUCGCGGCUUCAAGCUCGUCCCAGGGAAUUUGAAUGAGAAGAAUCCGAAGCUAGGCGUGUUCCUGUGGCUGCGGCGACGGCGUGCGUUAUCUACCCAAGACCUGGUCGAACCUCCUCAUAUAGAUCUCACGAUUACUUCACCGCGAACACGAGCAAAUCUGCAUAGUCACAUCGACGACUUGGAAACUCAAGUUCGAAAAACACUUCGACGCAACUGUCCAAUUGACCAAGACUGUUCUCUCAACUUCAAUCGUUUAUUCGACGAGUUUGACCCCAAGAAGGUGCGGGCCAUUACCAAGCAAGCGGUGCUGGCUGGCAUUGAGACGUUCGGCAUUAAAAUGGACAAAAAGGACUUUCGGCUGGUUUGGGAGCGAAUCAAUGCAUUCGGCGCUAAGGUUAUUCAAGUUGGCGCAUUCGCUCAAUUCUUAGAGCUCACGGAUUUCGAAAUUGACGAUGUAGUGAACUCACUGCAGCGUACGAUGACGACUCGCUUUGGCUACAACGUACCCAACUACAGGCUGAUUUUUCAGUCGUACAACACGCUUGGGGACGGAAAACUGAGUCGACCCGAUUUUCAGCGAAUAUUUGCAACAAACCAGCUGAGUUUCACAAACAAUGAACUUAGCAAAGUGAUCCAGCGAUUCGAUGUCAACAAAGAUGGGGUUGUCGACUACUCCGACUUCCUGAGUUACAUCACUGGGAUAUGCGAUGCGUCUGCCAGAGCUGCAGGGCGAAUCGCUGAAGCAGCUGAUGAACUCCGAGUUUGGGCGCUCGAAAAGCAGAACAAGAAGCUCGCUAAAGACGGCAAUAUUGACUCAGCAUCUGCGUGGCGCUUACUGAAACCAAAGCAUAGUCGACUUGACUCCGAAACCAUCAACCGAAUUCUCCGCCAGCGAAGAAAACGCUUGAACGCGGAACAAAUUCACUUGCUGCAAGUAUUGAUGGCCCCAGCAACCAACGGCGAGGUAAAUCAGGCAGCAUUCCAUGCGUUUGUCAACCACGUGCCCAAGAAAAUCUCUUCAAUGGUUUAUGAACUGAGGAAGUUGGUCGGAUCUGGACCUGUCGAAUCUGACGUCGACGAGAUUUACAACCGUCUAAACAUUGAGGCGAAUGGAAAGCUGUCUCUAGUCAAUUUCUCGCAGCAGCUGAAUGCGUUGGCGGUGGAAAAGUCAACGCGGCAGGUUGAUUUGAAGGACUUGGUUUACGUGGUGCAGUACACUGGAGCGAAUUGCGGCGGUGACGGUGCGGUGCUGAUUGACCGGUUUUUGGCUGUCAUUCGAGAAAACCAGGAUCGUCGAAACAUGAAGAGCGAGUUUGUCACUCACUACGACAGUCCCCAGUUUCUUGAGGGCGUCAAACUGCUUCGUGGCGAACUGAAACGAUGUGCCAAAACCCCAGAUGGCAAGUUUGAUUACAUGGUGCCAUUCCGGCUUUUUGACAAGGACAAUACCGGACAAAUCGUCUUGUCCGAGUUUGAAGUGGCCAUCCGAGAGCUUGGUGUAGAUAGGUACCUGACCGACCAAGAGAUUAAGGGACUGAUGCGGCGAUUUGACCCCAAUUCGUCUGGCGCAAUUGACUUCAACGAGUUCCUGCGUUUUAAUCUCGCGGAGUCGUCUUCCUCCUCUAGCAGAAGACUGAACAUUACCACUCUGCCGGAUCCGAUCUUGCAACGUAUUCUACAAGACAUCAUUAUCAGUGAACAACUUACAAGCGGAAAUGUCGGGGCGUACUGUGGCUCAAUCAAGAGAAUGUUUGGCAUUAUCGAUAAAGAAACUACUGGUCUGGUUCCCGCAAGCCGCUUUGUAGAGACGCUCAAAGAAAUGAGUGUUGCUGUGCCGAAGGAGGAUAUGGACAUCUUAGUGAAAGAGUUUGCGAAUGAUGAUGACGCUGGUGGGGACGUCCACUACUUGCGUUUUUGUGAAGCGAUAGCUCAAAAAUGCCAGCAAAAUGGAGAGACGCAGCCAUUCCUGGAGUCACCGCCGUCGGAGAUUCUCAGUCUGCUAAAGACGUUACAUCAGCAAUACCAUAAAGCUAAGCAAAAGCUGGAAGCCAGUGGUCACGAGUUCGACAUUGACCGAGCGUUUCGCGUCCAGAAAGACUCAACAAAGUGCAUUUUGAUGUCGAUUGACGACUUCAAAGACGUGUUAUGGGCGGCGGGCGUUCAUCAUCCCUACUUGCGCGAAGAGCUGGAAGCCAUGAUGAACUGCUUUCAGCUACACCAGAAUUCUGGAUUUAAUGUCUCGCUCUUCCGCAAGUUUUUGUCAAAUGGCCCGAGUGCCUUCUUCGCGGGCGAUUCCGGCGUUCUUGACAACCAUGUUGAACGACUUCUAGGGGAACUCCAGGCGUUUCUGUCUACGGGAAAAGAUGCUGGUGAGCGACUAUUUGGACUCUUUUCAGAGUUGGACGCAGACGUAAGCGGGUUUCUUUCGCACGAAGAAUUUCUGCAGCUGCUCCAACGAGCCGGUUUCCGGCACUUUCUUAGUUCAGAAGAUGAAAAGCUACUGCUCCAGUUUCUAGAUACAAAUGGUGACGGCGCAAUAUCCUACACGGAGUUUGUUACUUUCGCCAAGCACGCCGAUGAGAUGCCUAAACCACUAGUCGAAAAGCAGACUAGUAUCUCGCCGCUCCCGUCCUCCACAAAGACGCCCGAUAACCGACCGCACGUUCCAAUCCUGAACCAAAUAGGUAAGCUGAACAAACAUUUGCGCCCACCAUUCCCGUUUGCCAAAUAUUUCAGCAAGUACCGGGUGAAUCAAAACGAAGCGCGAGUGACAGUUCGAGUCUUCGAAAAGAUUAUUGACAAAUUUUUGGAUCGUCUCGUGAUCCAGCGCGUGGUAUACAACAUGAAAGACAUGGACACCGAGUUAUUAGUGCAGGGUUACGCUGUGGCAAGUGACGAUGGGACUAAGAUCAACUACGAAGUGUUCCUUGGAGAUAUAACAAAAGCACAAGAAAGGGCCGCGGCAGAGUGUGCUGACAGGUACUCGAAUAGCAGUGACAGUGACGAAUUGUCUUGCAGCAGUGACGAAGAAGAUCGAGUCACAAUGAAGCUUUCAAAGGCCGUCGGGGCAGCAUUACUCCAAGCAAUUAAACAUGCGCACAAAACCCCGGCCGAACUUGACGCUCUGAAGUCACUGUUGAGCACGUUGAGUAAAGAUUUGACAGCGAAGAAGCAAGAAGCUAUCAGCGAAACAAAGAUCUACAAGGUCCUGAUGGCCCUCUCUCUUCGGAUGCGCAAUAAAGACGUAGCCAAGCUGCUCGCAUGCUUCAAGACAGAGCAUUAUGGCAGGGCUCUAUACGAAACCAGGCCGUUUCUUGCAGCUAUCGAAGAGCAGAUCAAUGCUGCCAUUGGCCCACCGAAGGAGAAACCCGCACCUGCUGACCCUGUGGUUUCUUCCCCUGUAGAAGUCAAACCGAUUGCUUCAACCACUCCUCCAACGCUAGAACCUACUUUGGCGAAAAAGAUCUACCGAUGUUUUCUUGCAGCAGCUCAACACAACAUCAGCGGUCGAAGAUUACUAGAAAAAUGUGAUGUUGCGAAAACCGGGAAACUCACGUUACUGGAAUUUCAGACGGUACUUCGCCUAAUGGGGUGUAAGCUGACAGACACUGAGCUUGAGGCAGUGAAAGCUGCCCUUGGGGACUCAAAGUCUGCUCAGAUCAACUAUAAUCUAUUAGUCCAACAAAUGGGUCCAGAUCGCCAGCAUAGACCACGGAAGGUGCGAGCUAGAAGCACUGAGAUACUCCACUUCGAUCACGGAGCUACGCGCACUCCUCUCUCUUUUGAAGAAGCGAAGCGUAUUGACAUUUUCGUGGGACAAUUCUUUUCGGAGCUUUUCAACAUGCGGCAGAUCGACUCCGUGACUCUGCAGCAGAAAUUCGAGCCCUACGAUAUUAAGUGCACGGGAUUCGUUUCCAUUGAUGCAUUCAGCUCAGUGAUGAGGAAGCUCGACAUCUUUUUGCCGCCCGAUGUGGCUUCGACUAUCAUUUCUCGAUUUUCCGCAGUGUCUGGUGGAAAAUUUGAUUACGUUGAUUUUUGCCAGAUUCUGCUCAAACUGAAUCUACCAGUGAUAGAAACCAACUUCAAUCCAAUGCCACCAGGACCACAGCAGCAGCGUAUUCCAUCCAAACGUAGUGAAGGCGAGGCAAGCGGCUGGAAAUGUCCUGUGUGUUUCCACCAGCAGACAAGAGUGACGUCGACUUGCGAGAUUUGUGCAGCGCAGAAUCCGGCUUCGGUCGAAUUUCAGAGUUUGCGUCAAUGCUCUGCGUGCGGAUUCCGAAACAAACUCGAUGCACGGACGUGCGAAUUGUGCACCGUAGUGCUGCGGAGGUCACAACCUCCUCCUAACAAUGGGGUGUCCUUCUCUCCAACCAAACGAUAUUAUGCGCCAUCUUCAGCCACUGCUCCGUGUGAUGGCUGGCUUACGUAA